UGGAACAGCAGCGAUGGGAGCUUCACAGACGCGCACCAGGCACAAAUACCAGGACCUGGCGGAGAAAACAGGAUUUUCUUUGGAGCAGAUUCAAAACCUGCACAAAAGAUUCCAGUACCUGAGUCAAAAUGAUGAAACAAUAAGCAAAGAAUGCUUGGCCAGAAUACCGGCUCUGGACAACAAUCCGCUAAGAAAGCAAAUCAUCGAAGCCUUCUUUGAUAAAAGGAACCAGCAUGAGGAGGAGGUGGGCUACUUUGAAGAGAUUGGCUUUGAGCAAUUCCUCAUGGUCAUGUCUCACUUCCGUCCGCCAACCCUGAAGACGACAGAGGAGGAGAAGGAAGUUAUGAGAAAGGAGAAGCUUCGCUUUCUGUUCAACAUGCAUGACACAGACAAUGACGGCAUCAUCACUCUGGACGAGUACAGGAAGGUGGUGGAGGAGCUUCUGUCAAAAAGUGGAGCCAUCGGGCUUGAAGUUGCCAAGGGGAUAGCAGAUGCUGCCAUGUUGGAAGUGGCAAGCACCAAUGUGCCCCACAUGGGUCCGGAUGACUUCUAUGAAGGAAUAUCAUUUGAGCAUUUUGAACAGAUUUUAAAAGGCCUUGAGAUGGAGUCUAGGAUGCACAUCCGCUUUUUGGACGUAGACACCACUACAAUGCGUUGUGGGAAGGCAAAGUCUUGAAGGAGCUCUUUUACAGAAAUGUUUAUGUUGCUGCUGUUUUUAGCAGAACUUCUCCAGCCCUUAAAUGGAAUGAAGAAAAACA